CCGGCCGUCGGGGCCGAGCUCAGCCGAGCGGCCGUGGGCCCGGGGCGGCGGGCGGACACCGGGCGCGCUCCCCGCUCUGGCCCCCGUGAGGUUAAACUUGUUUCUUAAAUGAGGUGCCAUACCAGCACUGGACUCAUGGAGACUGAGCAUUUAUUCAGAAGUCCGUAGAAGCUCUGUGUCCUGCUGCAGAACAUGUCUAACAGCAACACUGCUCAGGAGACUCUGGAAAUAAUGAGAGAAUCAGAGAAAAAACUGGUGGAAGAAUCUGUAAACAGAAACAAAUUUAUAUCUAAAACUCCAAGUAAGGAAGAAGUUGAGAAAGAUGGCGAAGAUACUGGUUUACGUCAGGAGACACAGAGGCGGACAUCCAGCCAUGGCCAUGCCAGGAAAAGAGCCAAGUCUAAUUCCAAGCUCAAGUUGGUACGCAGUCUGGCAGUCUGUGAGGAAUCCUCCACUCCCUUUGGUGAUGGGGCGCUAGACACCCAGGAUAUAAUUCAGCUGCACAUCAGCUGCCCCUCUGACAAGGAGGAAGAAAAGUCCACAAAGGAUGUCUCUGAAAAGGAAGACAAGGACAAAAGCAAAGAAAAGGGCCCAAGGAAGAUGCUAUCCAGAGACUCCAGCCAAGAAUAUACAGACUCCACUGGAAUAGAUCUACAUGAAUUUCUUGUAAAUACACUGAAGAAGAACCCAAGGGACAGGAUGAUGCUGCUGAAGUUGGAGCAGGAGAUUCUGGAGUUCAUCAGUGACAACAAUAACCAGUUCAAGAAGUUUCCUCAGAUGACCUCAUAUCACAGGAUGCUGUUACACCGGGUAGCUGCCUAUUUCGGGAUGGACCACAAUGUUGAUCAAACUGGGAAAGCUGUCAUCAUCAACAAAACCAGCAACACGAGAAUCCCGGAACAGAGGUUCUCAGAACAUAUAAAAGAUGAGAAGAACACAGAGUUUCAACAGAGAUUCAUUCUCAAGAGAGACGAUGCCAGCAUGGACCGAGAUGAUAACCAGAUCAGAGUUCCAUUGCAGGAUGGAAGGAGGAGCAAGUCAAUAGAAGAGAGAGAGGAGGAAUAUCAAAGGGUCCGAGAGAGAAUAUUUGCCCGAGAGACUGGCCAGAAUGGAUAUCUAAAUGACAUCAGACUCUCCAAAGAAGCCUUUUCUUCUAGCUCUCACAAGAGAAGGCAGAUUUUUAGGGGGAACCGUGAAGGGCUGAGCCGCACCUCAAGCAGCAGACAGAGCAGCACAGACAGUGACCUCAAAUCCCUGGAUCCACGGCCUUGGAGCAGCACAGACUCAGAUGGUUCUGUCCGGAGUAUGCGACCCCCGGUCACCAAAGCCAGCAGCUUCAGUGGGAUCUCCAUCCUCACCCGUGGUGACAGCAUUGGCAGCAGUAAAGGUGGCAGUGCAGGAAGGAUCUCUAGGCCAGGCCUGGCACUAGGUGCCCCAGAAGUGUGCAACCAGGUCACCUCACCCCAGUCUGUCCGGGGCCUUCUUCCUUGUACUGCCCAGCAGCAGCAGCAGCAGCAGCAGCAGCAACUUCCUGCUCUCCCACCCACUCCUCAACAACAGCCACCCUUGAAUAAUCAUAUGAUUUCACAGCCAGUCCCGGCCCUGCAGCCCUCUCCACAGCCGGUUCAGUUCUCUCCAAGCUCCUGUCCCCAAGUCCUUCUGCCAGUCUCUCCGCCCCAGCAGUACAACAUGACAGAUGACCUCAGCAACCCCUUUGGACAAAUGAGCCUUAGCCGCCAAGGUUCUACUGAAGCAGCUGACCCAUCCUCAGCUCUGUUCCAGCCCCCGCUUAUCUCCCAGCAUCCUCAGCAAGCUAACUUCAUCAUGGCUUCUGCAGGACAGCCCCUGCCUACUUCCAACUACCCCACCUCUAGCCAUGCACCAGCUACCCAGCCAGUCCUGCCACCCCAAGGCUACAUGCAGCCCCCUCAGCAGAUCCAGGUUUCUUACUACCCACCUGGACAGUAUCCCAAUUCCAACCAGCAAUAUCGACCUCUCUCUCACCCGGUGGCCUACAGCCCCCAGCGUGGUCAACAGCUGCCUCAGCCAUCCCAGCAACCUGGCUUACAGCCCAUGAUGUCUAGCCAGCAGCAGACGGCUUACCAAGGCAUGCUCGGGGUCCAGCAGCCUCAGAACCAGGGCCUACUCAGCAACCAGAGGAGCAGCAUGGGAGGCCAGAUGCAAGGCCUGGUGGUUCAGUACUCUCCACUGCCUUCUUACCAAGUCCCAGUGGGCAGUGACUCACAAAAUGUGGUCCAGCCACCUUUCCAGCAGCCCGUGCUGGUCCCUGCCAGCCAGUCUGUUCAAGGAGGCCUCCCAGCAGGGGGCGUGCCCGUGUACUACAGCAUGAUCCCACCGGCUCAGCAGAACGGUACGAGCCCUUCUGUGGGGUUUCUGCAGCCUCCUGGCUCUGAGCAGUACCAGAUGCCUCAGUCUCCAUCUCCCUGCAGCCCACCACAGAUACCACAACAGUACUCAGGAGUGUCGCCUUCUGGGCCAGGUGUGGUGGUCAUGCAACUGAAUGUUCCUAAUGGACCCCAGGCGCCCCAGAAUCCAUCUGUGGUCCAGUGGAGUCACUGUAAGUACUACAACAUGGACCAGCGAGGUCAGAAGCCUGGAGACCUGUACAGUCCUGAUGGUAACCCCCAGGCCAAUGCACAAAUGGGCAGCAGCCCCGUCACAUCUCCUACCCAGUCUCCAGCACCGUCUCCUGUCACAAGCCUCAGCAAUGUCUGCACUGGACUCAGCCCCCUGCCUGUCCUCACACCAUUCCCUCGGCCUGGAGGUCCUGCACAGGGUGAUGGGCGCUAUUCCCUGUUGGGUCAGCCAUUACAAUACAAUCUAUCCCUCUGCCCUCCCUUGAUCCAUGGCCAGUCGACUUACACGGUGCACCAGGGACAGAGUGGAUUGAAGCAUGGAAACCGAGGCAAGAGACAAGCACUCAAAUCUGCCUCCACUGACCUCGGGACAGCAGAUGUUGUGCUGGGAAGGGUGCUGGAGGUGACAGAUCUCCCAGAAGGAAUCACUCGUACAGAGGCAGACAAACUCUUCACCCAGCUUGCCAUGUCUGGAGCCAAGAUCCAGUGGCUUAAGGAUGCUCAGGGGCUGCCUGGUGCAGGUGGGGGGGACAACAGUGGAACUGCUGAGAAUGGCCGCCACUCGGACCUCGCUGCCUUGUACACUAUAGUGGCUGUGUUCCCCAGCCCACUGGCUGCCCAGAAUGCCUCCCUUCGCCUCAACAACUCUGUGAGUCGCUUCAAACUUCGAGUGGCUAAAAAGAACUACGACCUGAGGAUUCUGGAGCGAGCUAGCUCCCAGUAAACAGAGGUGGGAAGGGACUGGCACAGUAGGAGUGGGAGCUGACCUAAGGGAGCCAAGGCAGAGCGAACUGGGCCAGAGCCUACCACAGAGGCUGAAGAGAGAAACAAAGAGAUUCUCAUACAGCAUGGGCUCCUUUGCCAUGGGUCCCCCUUUCCCCUUGACUGGUCCCUCUCUGUCUCCCUUUCCUUCCCAUCCUCCUCUAUGAUUUUUUUUUUAAUCUCUUCUCCCACCAUGAAAUUAAUUUCUUUCAUAUUUUUUGGUCAAGUAGAAUUGAGAGGGUCCCACACUCCCCUCUUCUCCCAUUUCAUCACCAUCCAACCUCCCUUUCCUCUUUUGGUCUUCAUGAAUAUAUUUAUAUGGACAGAAUUAAGAAAAAUAAAUUGAUUUCCCCAUUCUCUCACUUCCCCCAUCUUGUCUCCCCAAACCCCACAGAGUUAAAACUUGGGACCCUCCCCUCCCCAGAACACAUGUGUAUUGUUUGUUUGAGGUUUGUGCCACAGUAACAGACACAGUAUUUAAUUGCACAUACAGAUGUUUGCUGGGUUCACUGUAAAUUUUAUUUAAUCUGGUUUUUUGUUUGUUCGGGGAGUUACUUGGGGGGAGGUUGGUUUUGUUUAUAAAUAUAAAAAAAAAGCAAAAACCUGUCACUGGACAUCAAUUACUGUUUCUCUGUUAAGGGUUUCUGUGGGAAUGGUCAGAAGGUCUGAGCAGGUCCAGUUCCACAUGUGCUGAAAGGGCUUUUUGUAGGUUAGGAAGUUUCCCUAGUUGUGCACAUGUUUUCCUAACCUUCCUUUUGGCGCUCCUCUUCCCUGUGCAUAAUUCUCACAGAUGGUGGUCUCUGGAACUGUGAUCUGUGCUUCUCAAACUCUGCAAACUGCUAUUUAGCCGUCAAGCCUGUUGUUUCUCAGUUCUGGCCCUUUGUGUCCAUAUCAGAGGCUCCUUCUUGCCCAUUAAUUCUGAUUUCAUUAGAGCCUUGCUACUGAGCUGGGCAAGUUAAGUCCAGAACUAGGUCAAGAUGCUGGCCUCAUUUCUGUCCAUCUAAUCUUCUGACAAACCCUCAGGGGCGGAGAGUUUGCAACUUCAAUCCUUCAUAAGGUUGAGUUCUUAGCAGAAACACAUGUGGCUAUUGCUUACAAUAAAACCAAUGGAACUUGCAGUGCC